AUGACUCAAUUGUACACAAAGCUGCCACGUAUUGGGGAGAACCUCACAACUGCUGUUUCGUCGAUGUCUGGCAGGAAGAGGUAUUCAGUUCAUGUGCCUGUCUCACCGUUGUCGCCGGUGCUGCCCAUACAUGCCUCUGCGGUCGAUGGAUCGCAGGCGUUUGGAUCUGCAUCUUCUAAUGCGUCUACUCCACGGGCGGUAUACCAUGAGUCCUCUUCUUUUUAUAGAAUUCCGUCCAAAUACGAUCAAAUUUCAAUGGACUCGAUGUCUCAUAAGGCAUCGAAUCUGAAACUUUUGCUCAUCGGAGAUGCAGGCGUCGGAAAGACAGCAAUGAUUUUGGGAUACUGCAACGAAUUGCCCACGAAAUCACAAUUGAAGAUCAUGAGUGCCGCCUCAACACCGGUGAAGAACAAGCCAGAGCAGGAUAAAGGUGGUCCACGAAAUCAGAAAAAGAUCGAUAUGAGAAAGAGAUACAGCCUAAACGAUUACGAGGAGUUAUUCCACAAAAGGCAGAAGUUUGGAGGCCUCAUGAUUGGAACGAACCAAAGCAGCGACGAGUUCAUUCCAGAAGUGCAAACGGACGACGACUCGGACGAGUUUGUGCUCGAUACGAGAUCAACUAUUGGCGUUGACAUAAAGACUAGCAUUAUCAAUAUAGACAACAGGUUUUUCAAAUGUAUUUUGUGGGACACCGCCGGCCAAGAGCGUUAUAGAAAUGCAAUGAUACCACUGCUGUACAAGGGCGCGAAUGGCAUCAUUUUGGCUUAUGAUAUUUGCAAUUUAAAGACUUUUCAGAGCUGUUGCGACCACUGGCUCAGGGAGGCGCUAGAUAACUUCGACACGCGUGAUUUAGCCAAAGUACGAUUUUAUCUGAUAGGAAGCAAGAUCGACCUAUAUAAGGAUCGGCAAGUGACACAUGAGCAAGUUCUUAGGGCUAUCGAGACAAUAAAGUCGAGAUUUAAUGUGAGCAUAUCCGGUAACUUCGAAAUAACUUGCAAAUGGCCGCAUGUUGUGGAAAGAACCAUUAAUCUGAUCAUCAAAGAUCUGGUUGAAAAUGGUUGUUAUGAAAACGUGGAUAGCUUACAAGAAAGAACCCCAUCCUUAGACACAUCUCCUACUUCCUCUGAAUUGGCCAGCGAGUGCGAAGACGGCGAGAACCGUUUACACUGCCGAAAUAAGGGCUCGCGUUCGCAGCCGUCCAGGAAGGACUCUAGUAUAGACUUAUCAAAGCCAUUGAACGACAUCAAAGCAUCAUCUUGUUGUGUGUAA